GCCAAUCAGUGAAGGCCUUGUUGACGCACUCCCUCAACAGUCAUGGUGGGCAUGAGCAUUCUGCGGACGGCGGCUGCUUUUACAGCCAGAUUAAACCCGCUGAAACGAACAUGUCAAUCUUCAAAUCUGCUCUCCAGGACUGUUGCACGUUCAGAACAAGUUGUUGUCCGUCAUGGGAGCCAUGGGAAAAGGAUGUUUAUCAUCAAGCCCACUGACUUCUAUGACAGGAGAUUUCUUCACCUGCUGAAAUAUUACAUUCUUCUCACUGGCAUCCCUGUGGCAGCCCUUGUGACAUUUGUUAAUAUUUUCAUUGGAGAAUCUGAGUUGGCGGAGAUACCUGAAGGUUACGAACCAGAGCACUGGGAGUACUACAAGCAUCCCAUUACUCGUUGGAUUGCUCGUACCUUUUAUGACAGUCCAGUGAAGGACUAUGAGAAAAUGAUGGCACUUAUCCAGAUUGAGGCCGAGAAGUCUGAAAUGAGACAACUACAACUUGACGUCCGCCGACACAUGAGAGAAAAAGGAGAUGGACCCUGGUUCCAGAUUCAGACGCUUGAUAAGAAUCUCAUCGACCACAGCCCUAAGUCAUCUCCUGAUAACUAGGAGUGGUCAUGCAUACCUGUCUAAAAUAUUCAGGCAUUAUACAAUGUAUAAUGUAUUGUUAUUAAUAAAAAAUAUCAUGUUUCUUUUUCCCUUUUCUUUGCCUCUGGCACCAAUAAACUAAAGAUUAUAACAA